AUGACGCACAAACCGAUAGGUUUAUCUAUUCAGCAAAUGGAGGAAUUACGAGGCGCUUUUAAUCUGUUCGAUCGAGAUCGUAAUGGAGCUAUUUCAUUGGCCGAAUUGAAACAAGUGUUGAUUGCAUUGAAUUUCCAGCCGACAGAGAAGUUACUUGGAAAAAUUAUGAAAGAAAUGGAUACUGAUGGAAAUGGUUCAGUUGAGUUUGAUGAAUUUGUCAAGGUCAUGCGGAAAGUUUACGAACGAAAUUUUACCGACGAGGAAAUGCGCAAAGCAUUCGCAUGUUUCGACGUUGAUAAUUCAGGUUAUAUUACUGUCAAUGAAUUACGUGAAGUUCUAGGUCGAUUAAACCAUAAUGUCACGGAAUAUCGAAUCAAUGAAGUUUUAGGGGAAAUCGACACGGAUCAUGAUGGGAAAAUUAGUUUUGAUGAAUUUGCUCGUAUGUUGAAACACAUGUGA